GAUAGUGAGGAGUCCAAUGUAGAGAAUUUGCUGGCAGCCUACUUGUCCUAGCCUACAUUUAUUGUGUGUGUGUGUGUGUGUGUGUUUUUUUCGGCGCCGCUGAAGCUUUUGGAGCGUUAUUCUUAUGAAUUACAGACAAAGCAGGAGGCGUCUCUUUACAUUUAGUUGUAUUAUCUGUGUUGAGAGGACGAUGCCUUUUAGGACCGGACUUUUUCUCCUGAUGGUGCUGAACGCAUCUGCAUAUGAACUGGAUCAAAACGAGUCUUAUUCGCCAAGGAGAGCACGCUUUUCUGCCAACAGCCCUUCAGAUGUGGCGCGCUGUCUCAACAGUGCCCUCCAAGUUGGCUGCGGAGCCUUCGCCUGCCUGGAAAACUCAACUUGUGACACAGAUGGCAUGCAUGACAUCUGCAAGUCCUUCCUAUACAGUGCUGCUAAAUUUGACACUCAGGGUAAAGCAUUUGUGAAGGAGAGCCUUAAGUGCAUUGCCAAUGGCAUCACCUCGAAGGCAUUCCCCACCAUCCGCCGCUGCUCCACCUUCCAAAGAAUGAUAUCUGAGGUCCAAGAAGAGUGUUACAGCAAGCUGGACAUCUGCACUGUUGCCCGAUCUAAUCCAGAUGCUAUUGGUGAAGUGGCACAGCUGCCAAGUCACUUCCCCAAUAGGUUUUAUGGUAAGCUGCUUCAAAGCCUGAUGGACUGUGAUGAGGACACGGUGGACCGCGUUAGGACCAGCAUGGUGUCACGGCUGGGCCCAGAGAUGACCAUGCUUAUUCAGCUGCUGCAGAACAAGCCCUGCCCAUCCACUGCUGUGGCUGCAGCUGCCGCCAUCCCAACUGGAGCGGAGGGCCGUGGGAGCUGGCGCUGGUCCAUGAGUCCCCAUAUGUACAAGAUUCAGCCUAAUCUGCGAAACAGAGACUCUGCCAGUCAUUUUGGCAAAAAGCGCUCCGCCAGUGACAGCUCCUAACUCCCACUCAGAUUCAAAAAACUCCACAAGCCCCUCAAAACAUCACGAAAGCUCCUCUAUUCCCUAGGGGUGACAAAAUCCAUUCCUCGCUAGACUGGGAGUUACAGAAAUAUGCACCUCUAGGGAAUGCCGGAACGCCCAUAGAGUUGAUAUCAGAGUUUGAUUGUUGUUAUAUUGUAAAUCCUACACUUUAGGCUUGAGAGAACCCCCCCUUCCAUCGACUCUUUUCAAAUGUAUCCGCUCACAGUUAGUAUUGAACAUGUGGCUGUUGCAUCUGUGCAACAUGGUACUGUUCACUCCUUCAAUCUUUCAGAAGUCUUUUGAUGCCAAGCAAAAAAAGAAAGAAACAAAAAAACAGCCGUCAUGGUUCACGCCUCUAGAGCACAAAGUCCGUACUUUAAAAGAUAAAAACACAAUCUCAUAAUUCCGACAUUUAUUCAUGAAUAGAAAUCAGUAGUUGGAUUAUUAUUAGUUCACUGAUAGAAAUGGGAAAUUAUUGGUAGACGUAUCUUAUAUUUCAGCAAUGCGACCAGUCAAGUUGUGAGCAUUAGAUGUGGAGGUGAGUUUCAUAUCAAUUUUCUGAAACUAACAUAACACUUAAAUGUACUGUAUACUAAGUUAUCUGAGACAGCCAUAGCAAGCCCUCUAAAAGAGAGUGCUCAUACGGAGUGAGGUCUGCAGAGGUUUCAUCAUAACCUUUGAGAGGUUACCUUAAACUGACCAAAAAACUUCAAACUGCCCUGAAUGCUAUUCAUGAAAUACCAAAAUAGUGUAUAGCUAUAGCACUUAUAAUUUUUUUUCUUCUUUUUUUUUUUCUUCUGAUGGCUGAUGUAGUCAUGGUCAUGUGUUUUAAAUCGUCAUCCUGCACAUAAGGAUUGUCCAGGUCAUGGCUAAGUCUAUCUAUCAGAAAAAAAUACAUUUUUGCAUAUCUUGUAUCCAGACACUUGUAACGCUUAAGACUGUUGAGCUCUACAGUAUAUGUGGGACCAUGUUUAGUGGAAUCUGUAUCCAUGUUCUUAACUGAGUGUGAAGCAGUGGUGUAUGUGCAGUAGCUGAUUAGCACGUUCACUGAUGAGACUGAGAGCAGCCAUCUUCUUGGACUGAUGAUCAUCAUUCUCUGAGGUGAAUCACAUGACAUACACGCUGGCUUCCAGUGUCAAGUUUGACUAUUUAAAACAAAAAAGCCUUGUUGGAAUGAUAUUUAUUUUCCUACUAUAUUAUUUAAUGUUUAUUAUUUUAAUGCAUUAUUGUAGUUUUAAUUAGUUUCCAGGUUUAAAAAAGCAGUUCAGUCAUGGCUCCUAUUUGAACAUGAGCUCUAUGCCAAAAAAAAAAGAAAAAAAAAGUGAGCUGACACUCUGGUGACUGAAUGGGACCCAUGUCAUGACUCUGUGCUGGCCAUAGGGGAACAAGGUUGGUCAUUCAGGUCAGGUGAUCUACUUUAUGGGUGUUACAAGGGACCACAACAAAACUAUAGCUUCAUUCUGGUUUAAAAAUAGGGUUGUCAUUGCAGCUGCUAGAUGUGCUGGUUCAGUGCUGGGGUUUUGGGCACGUUAUUCAAGACUGAGGGGAUAUAAUCACAGCAAAACUAACACCAGCACAAAGUACUCUCAAAGUGAUGUUUUUUGGUGGCUCUGCACUGGUUUUUGGUGCUUCUCCUUGCAUAGGGUGAAAUCAGUUUUCCUUAAGAUGGCUGGCGCCGUGUAUGACAAAUUCUAAUCGUAGCUAAUGUCAGCUAUUAUCUUCAUCCCAAGCAUUUCUUUCGUGUUAUUACUGAUUUUUAUGUUCUUUUUUAAAACGUGUCGUUUCUGACAUUACACAUUAGAGAAAGGAUGACAUGUCUCAAAGGAGUACACACUGUAUUGUUGGUAUCAUCUUCAACCCUUGGUCGCCACAAAGCCCCUGAGAGUUUUGGUUAUAAUUCUUAGGUAUUUUCCCAUAUCAAUAAAUAUUCACAACUAAAUAAGCAACAAUAGUUAUUAUUUAGGAUUUUAAUGCUCAAAACCCCAAAUAAUCUGCCUCGUCAGGAAUGUGUGGGUGUGGUUUGAUCAGAUUUGAUUGACACUGACUGGAAACCAUAGCAAACAUCCCACAGCCGUCAUCAGAUUCCGAUUCAGAUGUUGCCAAGUCCUGAUUGGUGCACGGAAAUAUGUGACGACCAAAUCCAGCCCACCCCACCCACUUCAAACCUGUGAGAAGAGCACAGAAAGAAAUAGCACACACAGAAAUCUCUUUUGUGAAAUAACCAAAUCGCUGAUUCAUGAAGGACCACGUCGCUCAUAGUGAGAAGUUGAUGUUUUCUUGAAGCAUUUAAGAGAGCGGUGUCGUCCAGGAUGGUGGUGGUGUUCCUACCUAGAGGUCACUCAGAAGGUUGAAAAGGUUAACAGUUUCUUUCUACGGCGCAUAAUGCAAAAUAAAAAUGAGGGGAACAUCAAUAUAUACACUUAUAAACUCUAUGGAACCCAAACAAAAAGUACAAAAAGUCUCAGAAGACUGCAUACAUUAAGCAGUUCUCUUACAUCUAAGAUCAAGACAAUCAUUCAGAGUCAGCAGAUUAGUACAGAGCCACGCUCACGGAGAAGGGUCUUCAUGCUGGUGUUUGUUUUACCUAUACCUGGUAGGCUGAUGGUGGUUUGGCGCCAGUAACUUUAAUGAGAGAUUCGAUGGCUUCAGUUAGUUUCGGUUUGGGAGUAAAAUGCAAAUCUUUGUGCACAUUGAAAAGGCAAUAUAGAGAUUAACUUGGAACCAGGGCUGGGUUCAGUUCACUACUGAGCAGUUUGAUUCAUUAAAUUCCCUUUCUUGAAAAUUCAAACCUUGCAAGCUGGUCAAGAUAAAACUUGUUUUAUAACAAAAUUAUAAGGAAUUAUUGAGCAAAAAAGGUUCUGCUUGCCAGAUUUUGAUUGCAGUUGUUACAGUUGUUAAUUUGACUUCAUGAAAGGAAUUGAAACCAGUCCUGUUUGGGGAAAAAAAAAGUGAAUCUGUAUAUAUUGUCCUGGAUUGAUAAGAGUGAAGCACAGACCAGAAAAAGAAAUGCUUUAUUUUUCAGUGUCAGUUUAAUAGCUAUGUUAAGAAUUCCAAACUAUGCAAUAAUCUCACACACAAAGGAUUCACAGCAACACAGAAAUUGACCUUUAUUUCAUUCAGCGCCAGCUGAUGCUGUAUGAAUAAAGCGGCAGCAUGUGUGCUCUCAUACUGCACUCACAGUGAGAAGGCAUUGCUCCUCUGUAUCGCUUUCUGUUUCUGUGGUUUUUCUAAACUGGUGUUUGUUCUGUUCUGUGAAUCUGAUCAUUUCUUUUGUGUCAUUUGGCGCGAAAGGACAGCAGUUCCGAAGGAAUCAUUUGGGAAGUUAAGAGCUAUAGUCACACUGUAGUAUAUCCUAGCUUACUAUUUUAUGUUAAAUAUGCACUUUGCAUCUUAACCACUAUAAAGGGCAUUGAAACAUUCAGCACAUGUGCAAUUGAGACAUGUUUUAUUUACCCAGUGAAUGGAACUCAGUUUGAAUAUUUCGCAUCCUGAAGGGUCAGGGCUUCUUCAUGUACUAUUGAUACAUAUGUCUGUAUCUUUGUUGUCCAUGGGUAAAUCCAAAACCCAACAGCUGCUGCUAAACUGUUACUUCCCUGUAUGAUGCUGUCAAGAUGCCCGUCUACUGUGGCCACUCUGCCAACACACAGUGAGCUCAGCAUCAGUCCACAUUUGCAUUUAAGCAUUUUAAUGUCUAUCCACGUCUUCAUAUUUAUUUUCUAUGAACAUUCCUUGUGUCAAUAUAUAUUUGGCAAGGGCAAACUGACUGUUUCCUCACCAAGUCAAAUGUAACGGUAAUUUCAGAGAAUGUACCUGUAUAUUGAAUGUCUGUUUCGACGAGAACAUGCCCAAGUUAGGUGACCCAUGAAGGCUAUUGGGAAAAACAAAAGUGAGAAAAGUAUAAGGUUUUCGAUUUCUUUCUGUUUUAGAUUUUAAUUCAAGUAUAGGGUGCUUAAGGUGGUACUGGAGUAUUGUUAAAUUGACCCAUGGUGACUUUUGUGAAACUGUUUCUCCUGUCAAUACUAGAGACUAAAGACUCCCUCACUUCUGGCACUUCAUGGUACUCUUUCCUCUCAAGACUUGAAAUAGAUUGAUAAAUGUUGUUGUGCUUAAACAAAAUCAAAAAGCUUCAGUGACUAGUAGAGUUUAUUUUGUAUUCAUAUAUAAGUGACAGUUAUUUUACUAUUGGAUUCAAAAAGUUAUCGAGGAUUUAAGGAGAUUACUGAGGUUCCUGCUACAGAUGCUAUGUAACGCAUGAUUGACCCUUGUGAAUCACUUGCACUUUAGAAUAUACCCAUAUACAUAUAUACCCAUACUGUGUAUAUGUUUGGGUUUUUCCUCUGUACUGAAAAGUCAUGAAAGAUACAAAUGCAUCAAUUGUGUGUCUUUUGCUGAUCAGAAAUAAAAU